AUGACCAGGUCGUCCCCUUUUUUGGAGAAAUCUCUGUCGACGACGCCGGAUACGCUCGCGAUUGUCAGCUUGUCGCGCAACAACUUCCAACCGUUGAGACUCGAGCAGUCCACCUCGGCUGUCGAUGGCUAUGUUCACGGGGCGACGUUAAAUACGAGGUUCGGUUCAUUUCCGCAUUCGACUCUGCUUGGAAUUCCAUGGGGCUCGCAGGUUCGCGCCUCCGUCGUCGACACGGGAUCCAGAGCGCGCAAGAGGAGGCUUGAGGAGAUCGAAAGCGACUCGAACACGCCGACGCCCGUUCCUAGUCAGGAUGAAGGCGACGAGAAGGUGGCGCAGAGAGUCGUCGCCAAGGCAGUUGCGGCAUCUAGCGGCUUCGUUUACAUCCUUCGACCGACGCCCGAGCUGUGGACGAGCAGCUUGCCCCACAGGACGCAGGUCGUCUACACGCCCGAUUACAGCUACAUACUCCAGCGAAUCCGUGCACGGCCAGGAACGAGAAUCAUAGAGGCUGGUGCCGGAAGCGGGAGCUUCACGCACGCGUCGACAAGAGCUGUCUACAACGGGUACCCCAACGGUGAUGGGGAGAGAAAAGGCAAGGUGUUCAGUUUCGAGUUUCACGAGCCGCGGUUCCAGAAGUUGCGACAGGAGAUCAAAGACCACUCGCUGGACGGCGUCGUUCAAAUCACACAUCGAGACGUAUGCGAGGACGGAUUCUUGAUCGACGGCCAGUCUCCCGAAGCGACAGCUGUUUUUCUCGAUCUACCUGCGCCGUGGGAUGCGAUACAUCAUCUAUCCCGACGAAAGAUUCGGAAAGGAGGCGCCGAGGAUGACGCCGACCCGUCUUGGAAAUCGCCGCUGGACCCGGCGCAAACGGUUCAUAUUUGCACCUUUUCCCCAUGCAUCGAGCAAGUCUCACGGACCGUGACGGAAAUGCGCACCUUGGGCUGGACGGACAUUGACAUGGUCGAGAUUGCCCACAGGAAGAUCAAUGUCAUGCGGGACCGCGUAGGUGUAAGCUUCCCCAUGGAAAGGGGCGUCUGUGCAACACCGUCCGAUGUGAAGGAGGCCCUCAAGAAGCUCAAGAGCGACCUCAAGAAGACGCACGAAUUCCAUAGGGCACAACAGUCCGGCCCCAGCUCAGAGUCCUUGGAUAACAAGAUGGAAGUUGAUGCAGAUUCUGCCACGGACGGAUCAUCAAGGCCACCCCCUGACGGUGAAACGUCGAACGCAGAUGAGGAGGACCAGGAUCAGGAGCCGGUAUUCAUGCAAGGCCGUCUCACUCACCGCACCGAGCAAGAUCUGAAGACGCACACAUCCUAUCUUGUCUUUGCCGUCUUGCCGAGGGAGUGGGAUGCGGAAGCGGAGGAGGCAGCGAUGGCAAAAUGGCCGUGCGGCAACGAGACCAAGACGAUCGGAAACCUGGACAAGCAAGUACGGAAGCAGCAGAAGAGGGAGCUGCUGGCGUCGAGGAAGAGGAAGAAGCGAGCGGAUGAUACCCAAGCGCCAGCAGAGAACCCGUGA